CUAUGCUGUGGCGUGACGUCGCGGCGUCGCGGAUUUCACGGAUCGAUCGGCCGAUCGAAUUUUCUAAAUAGGAUACGCGCCGCCCCGCGUGUGUGCGUGUACCAUAUGUGUAGGGGCGCGCGCGUGUGCGUCGUAACUGCUGCACGGAAGAAGAAGAGGAAUCGUCGUCGACGUCGUCCCCGGGCCGGCCAGGCCGGGCCGGUGAAUCGAAUCGCCGCGCCACCGGUGGAUCGACCGUCGCUCGCCGCGGGAAAAUUUGAGAUCCGGUUCGCUUUCCACGGCUGACGUCAUUACCGUUCACAAUGCGCUAGGGGUGAUGGAGACAGUGGGCAAGCAAGUUCAGGUAGUGAGUGGACUGGGGGUGGGGGGUCCAGUGGGCCCUGUGGGCCCAGUGGGGGGAGAUCUGCAUCACCAUCAUCAUCCACAUCCGCACGCCCAUCCUCCGCACCCGCACUCCCACCCCCACGGUCAUCCCCAUGGGUCCCACGGCCACUCGCUUGCGACGUCGAACCCCGGCAGAGGUCAGCCUCAACCACCAACCUCGCAUAACCAGCACGCUCCUGCGAGGUCCACUCCCGUACAGCUGCACAGACCGACGCAAAGCUAUGUCAACAUCAAGAGCAGUAGUCCGGUAUCUCCGAGGACGAUAGGAACGGGAGCGACGUACGUGCAGGGCGGUGCGGCCGCGUCGUCCGCGGCAGCGGCGGCCGCAGCGGCCGCUGCACGCGGUGGUCCCGCCGUCGCUGCCGGUGGAAUUACCGCGACGAGUAGCAGCGGUCUGGUUGGAGUUUCGAACGUUCUAUCUUCUGCAACGGGCGGCGGCGGCGGCGGCGGCGGUAGCGGCGGCGGCGGCAGCGGCGGCGGCGGCGGCGGCGGCGGCGGUGUAAACAAUAGCAGUACAAACAACAGCAGUGCGAGCAACAUCGGUAGCGGCGGCGGCGGCAGCGGCGGCAGGCGGUGGCGGUGGCGGUGGCGGCGGCGGCGGCGAGCAGCGGUGGUGGUGGCGGCGGUGGUGGCGGCGGCAGCGGCAGUGGCGGUGGCGGCAGCGGUGGUGGCGGUGGCAACACCAGCAACAACGGCAGCGGUGGUGGCGGCGGCGGUGGCGGAGGUAGUGGUGGCGGUGGUAGUGGUGCCGGGGUGCCACUUCUAUGUUACCCUACCGAUGCUCCGCUACAUUCAUUCCUAUCCGCCGACUUCGGGGUCGACGCCGGCUGUAGCGGCGGUCGUCACCACCGCACCGUCGCUCGCUGCACCCGUGCCUGUGCCUGUGCCUGUGCCCGUACCUGCGCCCGUUUCCGCACCACCUCACAGUCAACCUACUGUCAUCGCCAGCCAAACGCCGCCGCCGCCACUCACCGGGACUGCCUACGCCGCGAGAGACGCGUACCGUGCCGGCACUACGAACGUGAACGAGAGGCUCGCCAUCAAUGUGAAUAACAGUUCUCUGUCGCAAGUUGGCGGAGUUGGGGUAGUGUCCGCGGCAGAGUACAGUGGCAUGGGAGCCGGCGGCAGAGGCGAUCGGCAGAGGAUAUCCCUCUUGCCUCCUGUCGGCUCUUCGGUAACGUCUAUACCGUCGCCUUCUGCCGCCGCCGCAUCGGAUUACCAACAUGCGGCGGCGGCAAGGAAUCCGCCGCGAGUAGGCCUCAUGACCGUCCAGCCCGAUCAGUAUUGCAGUCGCACCCCCGUCGACAUGUCCAGUCUGCAGGAUGCGCCACCCUUUAAAAAGAUCCGUUUAGGAUCGCAUCAGCAGGUUCAGCAGUUGCAGUCGCAAUCUCAGCCGCGCUGCCUGUCGCCCGCAGACCCGUGCGGGGCCAAGCAAGAACAACAACAACAUGUCGUACAGCUGCAACAGCCACUUAGGAUAGACACUAGGGAGCAGCCUGCCGUGGGAGCGUACACGCCACAAACGGAAGCUAUUUCGCCUACGCUUCCAGAGCCGAAUACGCAGGAAGAUGCACAAUAUAGAAGUACCAAGGAUGAUCUUUUGCAGCAAAUUGGCAAGGUCGAUAGGGAAAUUGCUAAAAGGGAGAAUCAAUUAAAUAUGUUGCGGAAGAGGUUAAAAGAACUGGAAGAAACAGCGAAUAAGCCUCUCGAAGUAAAGGAUACUGAGGAACAGUCACAGCAACCAAAGCAUCAGUCGAUGGCACAAAAGGUCUACGCUGAGAACAGGAGAAAGGCAGAAGAAGCUCAUAGACUCUUAGAAAGACUGGGUCCCAAAGUAGAAUUACCUUUGUAUAAUCAACCGUCGGACACAAGCGUAUACCAAGAAAAUCGUACACGGCAUCAAACAUGUAUACGAGCCAGACUUAUAACUAGGCUUCGGAGAGAACAUGCCGAACGCGCGUCCCUACAUCGACAGCAAUCGCAAACGUACGCUAUUUUGGUUCAAGAGUGGCAUCGUAAGGUGGAACGGCUUGAAGCAACGCAAAAAAGGAAAUCGAAGGAGACAAAGAAUCGCGAGUUCUUCGAGAAGGUGUUCCCUGAGUUGCGAAAACAGAGGGAAGACAAGGAACGUUUCAACAGAGUUGGUGCUCGCAUCAAGAGUGAAGCCGAUCUUGAAGAGAUAAUGGACGGUCUACAAGAACAAGAGGAAGAAACAUUGCAAGAUUUAAAAAAUUCCAUUAAAGCUCGUCAGAUGGAGGACAAGAAAAUGCGUUCAUAUGCAGUCAUACCGCCUCUGUUGUUGGACGCAAAGCAACGAAGGAUCGCGUUUCAGAAUCGGAAUGGAUUGCUUCAACCAGAGGAAUUAGAAGCUCUUCAUAGUGAACGUAAAUUGAUCAAUGUAUGGAGUUCAGUGGAACACGAAUUGUUUAAGGAAAAAUACCUUCAACACCCUAAAAACUAUGGAGUGAUAGCUCAAUCGUUAGAACAUAAGUCCGUUCCAGAUUGUGUACAUCACUACUACCUCACUAAGAAAGCAGAAAAUUAUAAACAGCUUUUACGAAAAUCGCGUCAACGGACGCGUAGCUCUCGGAAUAAUCCGAAUAAUAAAGUAAAUAAUGCCAGUUCGACUAUUGGACCUAUAGAUAUUUUAACGACAGGCGUAACGACAAGAUUACAGCGAGAACAACAACAGAAAACUCAGGAGAAUCCUCAGAAUAGUUCGUCAACGGCUACGUCUACUCCCACAACGAGCACCUCGGUCACAUCAAGCGUAUCGUCAACAACUGUCGGGACUACGACAGUAACGACGACGACGACGACUCCUUUGAGCUCGAUAGCGGGCGUUAGCGUAACGACGGAUUCUGUAACGGCAUCAACGACAACGACAACGACAUCUGUCCUGAACACCACCGCGACGACGAGCGUCUCGACGACGUCAACGACGUCUAGCACAAAGGAUUCCAGGGAAGCGAGUAAAGAGAAUAAGGAGAACAAAAUCGAUUUGAAGGAAUCUCAUCUCAUAAAAAUAGAACCGAAAGAGGAGCCACAAUCGGAUACAGCGUCGGGGAAGGACAUUAAAGUAAUAAUGGACGGGAAAGGCGCACUGUCAUCGUCCGCGUCUUCGCUGAACAACGCGACAAAUGUUUCGACCAUCCAGUCAGACUUCAAAGACUCUAGUAAAAAGAAACUCGGCAGUAGUGCUAAUGUGACAGUUGGGAGUAGAAUAAAAGAUAAGAAGAAGGAAAAUCAUACUCCUAUGGAGACCAGUGACGAGGAGGCACCUUCGAUGGACACUAUCGAGAGCGGCAGGCAGAUAGGACCCCACGCUUGCACGGUGUGCCAAAGCGUUGUCGAGGGAAGCGCACACAGUCGCGCGUUACCGCGUAGCCAAGCGUCGCAGUACGGCCUGCGGGAGGACCAAGUGCCGCUCGGUGCACGCGUCUGCAACACCUGCCGCUGCAAGGCCGUCCGAGGACGUUACACCGCCUGCCCGCUGCCAGGCUGUCCGAACCUGAGUAGCUCCAAGUCGAGAGUAAAGCGACUGAGAGCAUUGCCCUCCAAGUGGCUCGAUCUACCUCCGGAGAUCAGGGAACCAAUCGCUCAAGAAUUCCAAAUACCGAAUAGCGCGACGAAAUGCUGCUCGGCCUGCUUCAGUCGCAUAUCGCGCCGUUUAGCGCCGCAUCUUGCCGGCAGUACCGAAGUUUCCGAGGAUGGCGCCGAUGCGUUGUCGCGCCAAUGGACGGACGAGGAGUUGGAGCAACUUCGCCGAGCACUUCGGGAACAUGGUACCAACUGGGCAAAGGUCGCCGAACAGAUACCCGGCAAGACAAACCAUCAAUGCAAAAACUAUUACUUUGCUUACCGAAAGAAACUGAGUCUCGAUCAGGUCGUGGCCGAGUAUUACGCUUCAUUGGGCGAGGAACGGAGACCGUGUUUGACCGAUGAGGAGGAAAGCGGCAGUAGUACUAGCAGCUGCGAUGAGCUAGCCGUUCACGAUUCAAGUGACACAGCUAGUGCAGGAAGUCCGGCAACGACUAUGACAGGCGGUAACGCGGCGUCGAGUAGUACUACGACAUCGGCGUCAUUACCAAUGUCUUUUCAACAGUCAACCGAGCAGAAACUCGGUGAAAAACUCUCGGAUAUAGCCGUGGUAUCACUCAUGCCACCCGGAUCAUCUCAUCAGUCUUCCAGCAGCGGAACUGUUACCGCUACAUCCGGUGGCAGGGAAGAUUACGAUAGCUCUGCCACGGAGACAGCGGACGAAGGUCAGGGUGGUGCUGAUUUGGAUAAUGGCAGUGUUGUGGUGACUCUGACAUCUUCCAGUAACUCGACAUCGUUGCAGCAACAGAGUCAACAACAGAGCCAACAUCCGCAGCCCCCACCGAUUCAUUCACCACCUUCGACAACGAGUAAUUCCAAUCCGCUCACUGUCAAGGAUCUUAUGCUUGGAGUCAUCGAAAUGCAACUAAAACGUACUCCUAACAGUCCAGCCGAUGGUGGUUCAUCAGCGCCUAAUAGCUCUGGCACUCCGACGAUAUCUAGUAUCUUGAAGACAGAUCAUCGUAACGACAUAACAUAUGUCCGUGGUUAUAAACCAUCAUCAAAUAUGACGAACACUACAUUGGCUAAUAGAGGAGAUACAAAUCUAGCAACGCUCUCUGUUGUUUCGGGAUCUCAUCAUGCUCAUCGUUCUGCUCCUAGUCCACAACAAAUUGGCCAGAUGCAAGCUACCAUUACUCCUUGCCCACCAUCUGUGCCGAGUAGUCAAGCUUCGUCGUCCGAUCUGCUGCCUAAGGAAGGUUUGGUUGUCAUGCAAGUGCAACAAGCGCUUCGAGAAACGGAAGGAACAUUGGAUUUGAGCAUAAAGAAACCGAGAUUACAACAGGAUUACAAUCAUUCGAUGCAGCUUCAUAAGCCGCCUACGGUCACACUCUAUCGACCGGAACCGCCGCCGGGCGCGUAUUACCAUCCUCACGCGCCUCAUCCCGAGCAAGGACGUGGCGCGAAGAGUCCAUUGAUUUAUGCUUCGUCACCACGACCGCAAGCACCAAUUACGCCCAAGAUGAAUAAAGUCACCGUACCACCGCCUCAUCCUAAGCUAUCCCCAAAAUUGAGCAGCAUAGGCACGCCGAGUCACAAAGGUGGUUCCAUCACACAUGGCACGCCUGUAUCCACAGCGCGUUACGAAGGUCUGUUGCGGCAAAUGACGCCACCUAGUAAUCCGACAGUUACUGGUGCCUCGAACACUAGUGAACGAGGUGGCAGCGGUAGUGCUGUCAAUGCCGGUUCCGUUGUCUCGGGGACACCGAAAGAUACAAGUGGUUCGAUUACUCAGGGUACACCGGUGCUUCCGUUCACGGUAGACAAACGCGGUACGCCCAUAUACGAUUAUCAUCGUACCAUUCGACAUUCGCCUGUCACAGGCAGUGGCAACGUGCCACCACCGCCGGGACAGGGUCCGACGAGUCAGGCGACAUCGCCAGCUGUAGUAGUGAGCCACGGCAGCAGCCAGUACAAUUCUUAUACCACCUCCGGACGACCGCCACCCAGUUACACGAUGGAGCAGCAAUUAUCCAGUCGACAAAUCAUCAUGAACGACUAUAUUACAAGUCAGCAGAUGCACGCGCGUGCUCGUAGCAGUAGUAAUUCUGGUGCUACCGUUGCUCCCGAGGUAACCGUUAAGAGCGAGCCGCCACCGCCACCAUCGUCCACCCUCUACUAUACUAGCACGCCUCCUCCAUCACAAACACAUACGCAACCACGGCAAGGUGUCAUCCAAAGGCACAAUCCGCAGAAGCAAAUGCAUUAUCCACCGCCGCCUGGUUUGGAGGCGUUCUCCAGUUUAGUGGAUGUGGCAGUACAACAACCAAGUCUUCCGGUGCCACAUCCGCACGGUCAUCCAGCUGCAUCCGGUAGUGGUGGUCACGAGGGGCUCGGUAAGACGAUGGCGGAUCGUUUGUUGGCUGAUCGUCAACAUUACGACAAUAAUCGGGCGUUUCGCGAGCAAGAAAUGCGGAUACAAGAACAUCGUAUGGCGGCAAUGCAAGCUGUAGAACACAGAUUAGCAGUGGCGGCUGCGGCACAGCAUCAACGCGACCGAGAUAGAGAACGCGAUCUCGUUCAUCUGAGAGAAAAAGAGGAACACCGUUUGCAUCGCGAAAAAGAAUUGCAGCAGCUGGAGCACCGUCUUGCGGUACAGCAUCAUCAGCAUCGUGACAAGGAUCUUCAGCAACAAGAGCACCGUCUCGCGCAGCAACGGGAAAAGGACAUGCACGUCGAACAUGCUCGUUUGUGUUCCGUGCAGCAAGUCCGGGAAAAAGAUAUGCAACACGAUCAUCGACUUAGCGUACAUCAGCAGCGAGAAAAAGAGAUACAUCAACAAAUGGUGGCAGCUGCGCAACGCGAAAAGGAGCACGAACAUCGACUAGCUGUACAACAGCAACGCGAGAAAGAAAUACAGCAACAGGAGCAGCGGCUUGCUAUUCAGCAACAACACGAGAAAGAGCAUGCCGAACGUCGCCUGGCCAUGCAGCAAGCGCAUCGCGACAGGGAUCUGGCGCAUCUCCAUCAACAACAACAUCAGCAACAACAGCAUAUCCAGCAGCAUAUUCAGCAUCAACGUAUGGAGGCCGAAAGAAGACACAUUGCGCAGCUAUACAGAGAUCAGCAACAACAGCAAAUCGACAGAGAUUCGUCGAGACUAACAAGCCUUGGAUUCUCCUCGCAGUCCUCCAGACUUCAGCAAUCUCAGCAAUCUCAACAGCAGCAACAGUCGUCCUCGGCGUCAUCAUCGUCGCGACAGAGUCAAUCCUCCAGUCAGCAGAGCGACUCGUCGACUCUCACAGCCGCCAGUUUGAUUGAUGCUAUCAUCACUCAUCAGAUCAAUCAGAGUGCCGAUAAUCCCAGUGCCAGCGGAUCUUCAGUUAAUCAGCCAGUUCGUGCUGGCGAUCGUCUUUUUCAGGGACUUCGUGAAACUCAGCAAGAACCUAAUGGCAUAGCUCAUAGCCCCGCCGGUGAAGGCAGCGGCGGUGGAAGUGGUGGAAGCGGCAACGGAAGUGGCGGCAACAAAGCGAUUACUCUUGGCGACCAUGUUGAUCACAUUGUUUCUAAAGAUUAUGGCCCGCCACAUUCGUCAUAUAGAUCUUAUACCGGAUAUCAAAUUUCCGAAGAACAAUGGAAGAGACGAAAACUUAACGAGCCGGACUCUGUGAAGACCGGGGAUGAGCGUCAAAUAAUACGCGUUGCGCAACAACAGCAAACGCAGCAGCAACAGCAACAUCAGUCAUCGGGAAAGCAGCAGUACCAUUCGGUCGAACCGGUUUCGCCACCAGAGGCAACCACCAAUCAUUAUGAACGUCGCUUCUACGAAUCGAGCACUGCCACAUCCACUUCCGGAACUCCCUCCAACAAGUCGCAUUUGUUCGAUUACGUGAAGAACAGGAUCGUCGAGUGUAUGCGUACUGCGGAUGACAAAACGGGCGGUGGUGGCGGCGGCGAUGGUGGUGCAGGUCCCGAUAGAAAUGGAGGUGGAAAUUCCGUCGUUAAGACAGAAAAGGAUGAACAAGGGGUUAGUGUGGAGAGGAGCCCAUCGAGUGGCGGUGGCGGCGGCGGAAGUAGUGGUGGCGGAGGCGGCGGCGGUGGCAACGGCGGUAACGGCGGUGGCGGCAGCAACAGCGGCGGUAGUGGCAGCAGUGGUGGCGGCGGUGGCAACAACAGCGGAAGCAAUGAGAUGGUGGUUGAUUCGGAUACAAGUGGACCGAAUCUAACCUCUCGUGAACAACCACCACCACCGCCUACACCCGCAGCUACCACCACGUUCUAUCCGUUUAGUGCGCUAGGGGUACACACAGGACCACCCCCAGCCCCGCCAUCCGUCACAGCUACAACUGCCUCUGUGACGAAAUCGGAACAGAUGCAAGCCGAGCCGGCGCCGUUGCUCUCCUCGCAAUACGAGCCACUCUCAGACGAGGAUUGAUAGUCCUUUAUAACUGCUCAGCGCUAUAACUGUUCUUACGCUAAACUGGCAUACGCUAGCACGACGAUGCACGGCAAUUACGGAUGCAGCAGAGAGAUGCUGUGGCAUAUGUCUUUUUAGGAUACUCGCAGAUGAUCAUCGAUUAUGAAAUAAUGAUUGAUUGUAUUGGACGAUUUAUCGACGCUUUACGGGCAAUCAGAAGCCACACUGCGUUCAUAUCGGUCGCCAAAUCCUAAUCUAAUUUAAGAGACUUCUUUUUAUAUAUACGCAUAUAUAUGUAUUUAUAUAUAUAUAUAUGCAUAUGCAUAUGUAGAUAUAUAUAUAAAUAUGAGAAUUUGCGAUCUCCAACGAGGUAAGUGGAGAAGUAUGAUGUUUUAAAGUCCCACACAUAUUGUUGUUUUACAAACUCUUUGUAAUUUCAUUGUAUUUUUAGUCAAAGAUCAUUCCCGCGUUACACAAAGAGAGGUAAACAUUAACGAAACGAAUACUUGAUUUUAUUUACCUUCUCGCGGUGUUACGCUGGCUUUCAGUUAUAUACAUAGCGACGAAUAGUUUUAUCUAAUAAUUAGUUAUUUGCGAUGUAUAAUUUAUAAUGCCAAUAUGGUCAUUAAAGUUAUCUGUAUAAAUAUAUGUAUAUGUACGUCACCGUGGAAAACCGAUUACAUUUGAUCGCCGUGAUUUUGAUAGGCUCCUUUUUUUUAAAAUCUCGCGAGUUAACUGUAUAGGUUCGGAUUUUAGUUUAGCUAAAUUUUAUGAAUGCGAUAGUUUCAAAAGGAAAACGUUACAUAAUCGUUAAAUAACAUGUACUCACCUAUACAUAUACAUAUUUUUCAAUUUUUAGGUUUUUCGAUACUCGCAGAUGUAUAUGUGUACGUUAGCGUUUCAUUUAGCAAAGGAAAUCCGGGAUCGACACUCGAUAUAUAUAUUCAUUCUAUUUCGUAUAUGUACUAAUAUACCGAGUGCGCGAAACUUUAGUCGUUUGAUCGAGGUGAAUUUAUUAUUUUUUAUGUUGACUUGGGCUUGAUCAGUCCGCAAAAAGACGUCGGUAUACGCGCAAGCAUUCGAUCUGUGAAACAUCUAGGUCUAUAUAUGUAUAUCCCAUAUGUUCACAAUACAGACGCUUCUUUUGUACAUAAUUGAAAAAAAUAUAUCUAAUCGUUAAGCGGUAAUAAUAUACAACGCUGAUGAGGGCGUGCGUGUUUUUAUUUGGAAUGAGUCUGUGAUGUAUCUGGGAUUAAUAGGUUCAACUGUGUUACAUACCAGUGCAAAAUAUAGCCUAUAGUCCGAACUGAAGAUGAGAGAAAGAGAGAGAAUGAGAGGAGAGAAAGAGAAAGAAUGAGAGAAGGAAAGAAAGAGAAAGAAAAAAAGCGCGAGAUACGUCGAGGAAAAUGUCGUACAACGUAUUCUAAUACGUGUGGGUAAAUCGAGAGGAUUAAUCGAGAUAUUCUGGCGACGGGAAUCAACUUUCGAUGAUCGUUCUCAUCUUGGUGAGGUGGGUUUGAGAAAACAAGAAAAAAAAAUCGUAACACAAAGUGUGUUGUACAUAGUAUAUAGUACAUAUUAAUUUCUAAGUUGAACAAGUAAUAUGGCUAGAUAAUCCGUACACGCUAUUGUAUAAGGAGUUUAGGUUUAGUGAUAAAAUCGACGUAGCCAGCAUUUAGGAGUUUAAACAGCCACGAACUGAUUUUAGGGGAAGAAGCUUUCUCCCGGACUUUACUUAUUAAAAUAAAUGACGGCAAAACAAACAUGCAAGCGAUUAAAUUGAUGGAAUUAUCAUUCGCGAAGCGAAAUUGGAUGUAGAUUUAUUUUAUCUGUUUCAAACAAAUCUGAGAGAAAGAAAGAGAGAAUGAAAGAGAAAAAGAGAGAGAGAGAAUGAGAGAAAGAGAGAGAGAAUGUACGCUCUAACACAUACACAACGCACAACACACAACACAUACACGUAUACAUGCAUACUUUUUAUACAGCCUAAUUUUAUAUUUGUAGCUUCAACUGUUUUGCGAUCUGCGCCUUGUUUCUUCGCCAUCGUGAUACCUUACGAAUUCUUCAAACGUCACCGCGAGAAUUACUUCUUUCAAUCACGUCAUGAGUCGCCGCUUCUGCCAGAACGCGCUCUAUUAUAUAUAUUCCGUAUCAUUUCGGACGACUGAGAUAUCAAGACUACAAAGAUUUGCUGUACAAAGACGACUGCCUCCAUUCGCACGCCAGCGAUCAGAUAAUUAACUCUCGUUCAUUUGUAUUUUCACUUUGUAUCUUUGAUACAGCACGUGUAUCCUUGGUACAGAUAUUAUUCUCUGUUUAACUUAUCUUGUGUUUCUUUUUAUUCUCUUAUUAUUUUCAAUAACAAGCGUCCUGAUAAGGUUGACUCGUCGAUUCUUUUAUCCUUCGUAUAAAAUAAUUGAAUCAGCCGAUAUAACUAUGUAAAUAAGAAAGCACGUUUUAAGAAGAACUUAAAAAAAAUGUUAUACAAUAUAUCAAAAAUUUAUAUUUUAAUUAUGCAAAUUAUAUGGUGUAAUCAUAAUUAUAUUAUAUAAUUAAAUAAUAAGCUAUGUCUUUUUCUUCAUUUUUUUGUCGUUUAAAACAUGCGGAAAAGAUUAUAUGUACUUUUAUCAUUUAAAAAUAAUAGCUUAUAUAGCACUGAAGAUGUAAUUACAAUGUCGGUGAUUUAACUUAUUGAAAUUAUACACUGAGCAUUUGAAUAUUACGCCAAAAUUUCACAAUUGAUUCUUUUACACAGUAUGUAACUUGACCGCUUCUUGAGCCUAAAUAAUGAAGAGAAUCGACGAGUUUCAACAAAUAUUGUACCCUGUCAUGGAGACGCGCACCUCCAAGAAUUUUUCAUUGUACAAAACAUAAAUUGUUGAGAUCCUGAAAAAAAACCGUCGAAUGCUUCCAGAGUAUAAGUGGAGAUGGAAUAUAUAGAUCGUAUAGAUAUAUGCACACAUACAGAUACACAUGUAUACACAUACUGAAGCGAAUUAAUCUAGUUAGCCCGAGGCAUGUAUAACGUUGCGAACAUACAACAACGCGACAGCCGUGACUCCGAUCUUCGUACUUCAUACUUAGAAGAGUGUCCCCGGCGUCAUGUUUCUCCUCUUCGUAUAGUACCUGAGCGACACACAGAGCCCGCGUUUAGCGAUCGCCCCCGUCGUCGAUGAAGCGCGAGAGUGGUGCGAGAUUCAAGUCCACAAAGCACGAAAAAAAAGGACGUUUCAUAUAUCAUCCUAAAGGAACUUUAGAGAAUAGAAUAAUGCAAGACUCUCGGUGUGUAUUCGAAUGUUUUCUUUUUUUUUUAUUAUCACAUUUCGUGUGUCUGUUACAUUGUUCAUUGUAAUCUGCUUUAUUUAUCUGUUACAUCUCGUUUAUAAUAAAUUCGUAAGAAAAAUACUUGUUGCAAGUGCUGAGGAAAAUCGCACCACUCGGGAUAAAAUCAUUCGCGCGAGCGAGGUACACUUUGACCUCAGGAGCAACUUUAAACACAGCGUAAAAGACGGGUCUGCGUGUACAUAUAAAGCGCAAAACGUACAGGACAUACAAACACAUAUACACACACGUGCAGAGGAUAGUUGUGAAUUAAACCCCCGCUCUGUUGGAAAGAAAAAAAAAUGGACAUGUACAUAUAAUGUGUGACAUUUAGCGACUAUACACGAACUUCCUUUUGUUGGUAUCUAGAGAGAGAGAGAGAGAGAGAGAUCUUCAGGUUUCAGGUCGAGUUUUUCGUACGGAUCGAUUAUUCACAGGCGAUUUUCGUGUAUCUCAACAAACUCAUCCUCUCUUUGAGAGGAAAAAUUCGAAUGAUUCGUAAUUAGUGUGUACAACGGUGAUCUAAUCUACUUCUUUUUUUUUAAGGUUUGAAGAAAUUGUACAACACAAUGAAAAGUUAUCUUUUUUCUUGUAUAAAGAUUAUUGCAUAUUUGUUGCCGAAAGCAUAGAAAUCAAUUUUUGUUUAUUAUAUUUAUUAUAACUAUAUUUUUUUAGCUUAUUUAUAGUUAUAAUUAUAUAAUUAUAUAUAUUAUAAUUAUAUAACUAUACUGUAACACGUAAUUCUUGAAAUAUGUAAAUUGAUGUAAUAAAAUGAUUAUUGAAGUUGACAUUUGAUCACGAUGGUGAAUCAAGGUCUAGAAAACGAAACAUGGAUCAACUUCCCAUGACAAAUGUUUGAGAAAAGAAAAAUGAUUUGGAUAACUGUUGUCGUGAAGUCUUCAAUUACAUUUGAUUCGAGGGAAAUUGUCUGUGCGUAAGCAAUCUCAGGUACGAUACAGUAACAAUAAAUGUUAGAAGCGAAGAAAGAGAGAGAGAGAGAGAGAAAGAGAGAGUUAACACCGACGGGGCAUCUCUUCCUCGAGAACCAGAGACAGAGACGCGUUUUUCACAGUAAAAAAAAAAAAAAAGACGAGACAAACUUUAUCGCUGCAGCUACCGUACGAGUAUCAUCUAGAUUAAAAAUUUAGACGACGUGAAAGCGCGAAUGUCGCGUGUAUAUGUACCUAGACUCAUUUGUAACACGUCGAGGAAAGAUGCUCGACUAAUUUGUUCGGUGUAUCUAUCGUUCGAUCCCUACGACGUACGCGGAAGACGACAGCCUGUACAUAGUGAUAUGAUAACGCCGAGGUACACACAGCUCCCUCCCGAUUGUUGUAUCAUAAUAUAAUAUUAAUAUUAACAAAAAAUAAUAAUAAACGCAUACGGCGCGAUCGCAGAAUUGUCAAGCUAGGAUAAAAGAAGAAAACAAGAAAAGAGAGACGAUAAGAAAAGAAGCGAAAGACUCUAUCUAAGAAACGUGAUUAUUAUCCACGAAAACACGCUCUGUUAAUGCGACUAAUUACAAAACAAAGUAACUGAAAAUUAAUUAUAGCGAGCGAGAGCAUACCACGCCUACAGUAAAACUACAGAUGUAGCAUACACGAUAAUAUUAUUAUCAAAACAGUUCAAUGUAAAUUGUUAUUUUUGUUGAAAUAAAAAUCACCUCCGUUAUAAUAAG